AUGCUGGCACCGGGCCGGGCAAGUCCACCCCCGCUCCGGCUCGGGCCGGCACCGCCGCAGCUGCGCUACCGAGCCCUGCAGAAUCUGCCGCCGCCCCGCAGCCGCUCGCGCCGAAGAGCGGCGCUGGAGCCCAGAGGCGAGAGCGAAAGCGAAAGCUACGGCCUGCUGGAUUUGGUGGCUUUGUCAGUGGCCUCCACGGUGGGCUCCGGUGUCUUCUCCUUGGCAGGCCGUGUGGCUUCCCAGGAAGCGGGGCCCGCUGUAGUGUUGUCACUGGGAAUCGGAGCCCUCGGAUGUUUGCUGAGCGCCACCGCAUAUGCGGAACUCUCGAGCCGCGUGGUGGCUGCUGGGUCGGUCUAUGCCUAUGCCCAGGCCACGGGCCUGGGCAGAUCCACGAUGGCCGUCGCAGCGCUAUGUUUGAUCGUCGAGUACUCCUGGAGCUGCGCCGCCGUCUCUGUCGACUGGUCCGGGAAGCUGCUGCGCGCCGACUUCGGUUUCCUCUCACAGGUCUCUUGGGACCCUGGUGUGCUCCUGGUGCUCUUCUGCACGGCCUUGCUAGCAAGGGGAACAAAAACUUCCAGGCUCUUCACCAAUGUCAGCACUGCAGCGAAGCUUGGGCUGAUCUUCUUCCUGAUGGCCUCCGCUUUGUUGGCCUUCGAUGUGAAGAACCUGCAACCCUUCAUCCCCGAGGAGUACGGCAUCUCCGGUGUGCUGCGGGGAGCCACUGACUCAUUCUUCGGCUUUUUGGGCUUCGAUGCGGUGUGCGCACUGGCCCUGGAUACCAAGGAUGCCCGGAGGGUGGUACCCUCUGCUCUCUUCCUGGGCCUUUUCGUCUCCGGUGGCCUCACCUGCUUGGCAGGCUUUGUCCUCGUGGCCGCCGUGCCCGCGGCCCGCCUCGACCCGGCGGCGGGCUUCGUCUCGGCUUUCGAGAUCUUGGGCAACGACUUCGCAGCUCGCGUUGUCACCGUGGGAGAGUUGCUGGUGCUUCCCGUCGUUGCCUUCGGCUGUUUGCUGCCGCUUGGGCGCUUGCUGUGCUGCUUGGCAGAGGACGGUUUCUUGCCACCUCAGCUGGCGCGCCGCGAUUCUGCCGAUCAGCCCCUUCUGGCUACACUGCUUGGCGGCGCAGCAACGGCCUUAUGUGCUGGGCUUGUCCCUUUCGAGGACUUGAACGACAUCUGCAGCGCAGCGGUGCUUUGUUGCUUCAUCCUGGCAUCGAUUUCGGCGGUCGUGGCACGACAAGAAGGCGCCCUGCGGGCCCAGCUCCGGGAGCUCCUGGCCGCCUUCGCGGCCUUCGCUUUUGCGACACUUUUUCUUUGCUCCCCUCGCUGGACCACGGACGCAGCACUGGCUCCCACGCUGCUUCGAUGGCUAGGUGCUGAAGGCCCACCACCGGCGUGGGAUUUCCUGGCGUUGGUCGCAGCCGCAGCAGUCGCGUCCUGCGCAGCCAGAGCACAGAAGCUCGCCAAGGAUCCUCCGGACGGGUUGGCCUUUCCGGUGUCGAUCCACCUGGUGUCCGUUCUUGGCUCCACAGCGCUUUUGACGACCCUCCCGGCUUACAGCCUCGUCGCAUCUUCAGCGGUACUGGCAGCAGUCUGGGUCUCCAGUUGA